AUGUUUUAAUCAAAUCAAAUUCAUUUCAUAAUGUGAAUGUAAGUCUAACAACGGUCCAUAAUUUUUGUCUUUUGCACCGAAUGUGAUUUAUCUAAUUCCUGGUUAUUAUCAAUUGCUAUUUCGGCUGUUGUAUCGCUGACUACAACCAUUAAGGAUGGCUUUCGAAGAAAUGAGAGCCCAAGCAAGGAAGAUUGAUGAAGGAAUCAAUGCCCUCGAAAAGAAACUUCAGAACCCAUCACUGAUCGGAUACUUGGAUGAUGAUGUGCAGGAGCGGGCAGUUCAAAUUCUGGAUGAACUUUUACAAGAAAUGGAUAUCAUUGAUAGCGAGGUGUCCAAGUAUUCAGCAGAUAUGACCGAAGACCUUCAUGAUAUUAAAAGCAACUGCGAAAGUCUCGAGAGCUACAUUGAAACAAUGGAAGAGAACAUUGACACGAUGACAGAAUUUGGAAAACAGUAUGGAUAUGUUCCUCCAGCUCAUUUAGUUGAGACUAUUGAGUCAGAAGAUUCUGAUUUGUCACAACUAUCACAAAAUUAUGAAAGUUCAGUUAAGAUUGAAGAUGAAACUCCAAUUUUAAUUGAUAGUGGCAUGUCAAACUCACUGAGAUCAGAUAAUUUAUCAGUUGCAACCAAUGAGACAUGGGAGCAAGGACGCAGGCCUGCAAGUCAAAUCAUGAAUGAAACCUUCACAACACCAUGUUCAAUGUAUAAAGUUCGCCAUCUCAACCUACCAGAUGUUUCGGAAGUAAAGAACCUGUCAUUCAGUAAGCUCUCCCCUGCAAUGGCAUCAUCUAGCCCCAAGUUUCUGAAACCUAAAUUCAACCUAGAUGAAACAGCAUCUACUCUUUCUGAUGCAGCAUUCACAAUCAACAGCUCUGAGUCAUCAUCUUUCUCUGUCAACCCACGGCGCCUGUCUAGAUAUCCUGUUGCCACAAAUCAUCUUCAAACACCUCCGGAACCUGAGCUAUCCUCUCUUAGCCGGAGACUCUUACACAAAUCGGCCGUCAAAAAAAAAUUUUAGUCAAUUAAUCGGAAAGCCUGUAUGUUUUUAUUGAGACUGUGAUAUUUUAGAGCAUGAGUGUGCUGAAGAUGUUAAUGCUUGUUAAUGCUUGAAUCCAACAGCCAGCAAAUUGUUGGAAUUUUUUUUUUGUUUGUCGUCUGACAAGACUAGGGUGGAUUGAAGUGAUAAUCGAGAAUACUUCGUAUAGCCAAAAAAGAUUUUUGAUAACAACGCAGUUAACUUUUUUCUUCGGGGACACUGCAAAAACCAUUCAAGAAAUACAUGUUAGAUCGGUGUUUUUGGGUAACUUGAUAAAGGCCUUAAAGGCUGUUCAGUCAAUGUAGGGAUAAAUUUUACCAAAAUAUGGAAGAUCUAAAAAAUUGUGGUACAGGUUGUUUAUCCACCCAACACUCACAAUUGCCCUGAAAUUGGAGAAAUAUCAUUCAGUGGUGUGGUACAUUAUGUGUACAGAACGCACACAAGUCACUGGAAACCUAUCAAAAUAGCCAGAUGGGAGAUGCGGACCUUCCCCAUACCUUGGCGAUUCGGCUUACAGCAAAUCUUCGUUCUUCAUUAAAUUACAUAUGAUAGAUCUCUGUAGCCACCAUAUACUUAAAUUUUAGCGUUUCAUAGGAAUACUUUCCAUAUGCCUAAGGCUUUGAAAAAAAAAAACGAUUUCUUGACUCCUAAUAACUUGACCUCAAUAGGGUUUUUUGAGCUUGGGAAGAUGGUUCAGGACUUAGGGAAUUUGAAACGCCAAUUGCGGCAAAAGCUACCUGACUAAUGGGGUCCUUUUUUCAGUAAAAGCCUCAAUUCAAGUCAUGUGAUCGGUCAGCUUUGUUAAUCAGUCGUCCCAGUUGUCAAGCCAAUGUCAGGAGGAAUUGAUGCCAAGCUAAAGGCAUUUUAAGCUGCCUGUACCUUUUUGUUGACUCUUAGUGGCAGAAGCUUCACAAAGAGGAUGACUGACAAAGCUAACCAAUCACUUACCUCUGUUUCAUUGUAGUCUUCUCUUGUCUCGAGGUCAACAAGUAUGAGAUUUCUAAAAUUAAGAGUUGUUCAUAAAAUAGGUGACCCUAAAUUUUGGAUUUUUCGACCCUCUUCCCCUUUCAUGAGGAAGGUCUCUAUGCUACAACUUGUAAAAACAAAAUGGCGUAAUCAGCUCCUACUCCCCAAACGUUAUGUAUUAUGAAUGAUAUUUCAGUCUCUGCUCUAAAAAUGUAUUAAAGUUUAAAAGAAGGGUUUUUUUAUUGCCCUCUAAAUGGAAAAAAAUUGUGAUGUAGCAAGCUACAUCAGCACUGAGGAGUUAAGAAUCCUCCAAAUAGUGAAAAUUAAAAACAUGAAAGAAUUGUUUGAAUUUUAUAAGGAUCCUCUAGAGUUCAGUUGUGUGUUUGAACAUUAAACUCAUUUUGCCACUGGUUGAAUUAAUUGCAGAAUCAAAAGUUGAAGCAACGGAGAGCAAUUUCAUCAAGAUUUGUAUGACACCGUUGAUUUGAAAUUUUACAUUUCUUUCUAUCGGUCUAUUUUUACCACUAUAUUUCAUGAUGGUCUUAGAAUGAACAAAGUACACAUUGUAGCUUUGAUGUGUCAACCUCUAGUGAGGAAGCUUCAGUUUAUGCAAAAAAACAAGAAAAUUCUGUAAAGUAGUAUUAGAGGUUUAAUUUCUUCCAGAAUUGUUUUUAUUGUUGAUUUUAGGGUUUCCUUUGACACAAAUAUUUAACUUAUUCAAGCAACCUAGAAGUUUUACAAAAAAAUCAAUUUAUGACUGAUGACAAAGCUGCUAUAAAUUUCUUAGAAAUUUUAAUGUACAGUGAACUUUGUCAAAGGCGUAAGGCAGGAAAGUGAAGUACUUUUCAAUGUUGUGAAGAGCUAAUUAUCAUCCUUUCAAUUUUCAUGAAUGGUGACCGGAGCAGUUGAUUACAAACUUCUAGCUAAAUGUUCCCAGCAAUUUUGAUUUAUCCUUUUUACAGUUCAAAAUUGGAAAACACUAGCAUAAUUGAAAAGAGCUGGACCCUUGUUGCUCUGAACUCUUCAAUUUCGAUGUGACAAUUUUUUUUUUUUUUUUUUUUUUCCCAAAUCGAUAAUAGCAUCAGAUGAAUAAUACUUCUUUCUCUGCCUUGCCUGGUAAAGACAGGAUACACAUGAGGAAAAAUAGUAAAUUAAACAAUUGAGAUUUACAAAGAAAUAUGAUUGAAAAUCAGAGAACUUUAUUCCUAAGAAUUUGAUCGUUAACUAACUCUUCCACAAAGUUGAGGCCUUAUGUAAAAAUAUGUGUGUUGUUUGUAAAUAUAUAUAGUGAAAUUAACAAGAAUAAAUUAUGGAGCAAAUAAUUUACAGCA